ACCUUUUCUUCUCUAACUUACGUGAUUUUUGAAUUCCAUGAAAAACGAUCUUUCUGAUCCAUUAACCAAAAUGGACACUCUUGGUUACGGGUCGGGUACCGGAUCCGACUUCUCUUUUGCUUACAACAACGCCACUUUCUCCGACCGGAUUCUGACGAUCCAGAUUGUUCCGUACGUCAAAUCCGAAGGUGAGGGAUGCAGCAGUACUGCCGGCGAUUGGGACCGGAAACGCAAACGUAGAAGAGAAGAAACCAAUAAACAAAAUGAUGCAGACGUGCUCACGCAAUGUGAGGACGAUGUUUUGAAUUGUACUAUGCUGGAUACAGAAGAUGUCCUUGCUUAUGAGAACCAAGAUGAGGAAGCUGUUGCAAUGGCGGAGGAAUCUCCAUCCGGCGUUGAGAUGACUACAGAUCACCCGGGUGGUGGUGUUGCUUCUAAGAGCACUGACUCAUUCACAUACUUGAACUCGGCAGCUGCGCUUCCAGUUAGAACUAUACACAUCAGUUCUCCUAUUUUGGCCGCACAGAGUCCAUUCUUUUACAAGCUAUUCUCCAAUGGCAUGAAAGAGUCAGAGCAGCAGCAUGUUACUGUACAAAUCCAUGCCUCGGAAGAAGCUGCCUUCAUGGACUUGCUAAAAUUCAUGUAUAGCAAUACUUUGUCUACGAUAACACCUACUGCUUUGCUUGAUGUGCUUAUGGCUGCUGACAAAUUUGAGGUUGCAUCAUGCAUGAGACACUGCAGCCGCUUACUGCUCAAUCUUCCCAUGACAUGUGAAUCAGCUUUGCUAUAUUUGGAUCUUCCUUCUAGUGUUUCUAUUGCUGAUGCAGUUCGGCCACUGAUAGAUGCUGCAAAACAGUUUCUUGCUGCACAUUUCAAGGAUAUCACCAAGUUCCAAGAAGAGGUAUUGAACUUACCUCUUGCGGGAAUUGAGGCUGUUCUCUCCAAUGACGAUCUUCAGGUUGCUUCAGAGGAUGCUGUCUGUGACUUUGUUUUAAAGUGGGCUCGUACCCAUUACCCAAACUUGGAAGAAAGACGUGAAAUAUUGGGGUCACGUCUUUGUCGCCUCAUUCGUUUUCCAUACAUGACAUGCAGGAAGCUGAGGAAAGUUCUAACUUGUAAUGAUUUUGAUCCUGAACUAGCUUCCAAGGAUGUACUGGAGGCUUUAUUUUUCAAAGCUGAAGCACCGCACCGGCAGCGUUCGCUUGCUGCUGAGGAGGGCAAUGCAUCACGUAGUAGUUUUGUGGAGCGUGCUUACAAGUAUAGACCAAUUAAAGUUGUCGAGUUUGAACUUCCUCGUCAGCAGUGUAUCGUUUACCUAGAUUUAAAACGGGAAGAGUGUAAUAAUCUCUUUCCUGCUGGUAGAGUUUACUCACAGGCUUUCCAUUUGGGUGGACAGGGUUUUUUCCUAUCUGCUCAUUGUAACAUGGAUCAACAGAAUGCAUUCCAUUGCUUUGGGUUGUUCUUAGGCAUGCAAGAGAAGGGGUCAGUGUCAUUUGCAGUGGAUUAUGAGUUUGCAGUUUGGACAAAGCUAACCGAGGGCUAUGUGAGCAAAUAUAAGGGGAACUACACAUUCACCGGUGGCAAGGCUGUUGGCUACAGGAACCUGGCAGGCUUACCUUGGACUUCUUUUAUGGCUGAGGAUAGUGUAUACUUCAUCAAUGGUAUUCUCCAUCUUCGAGCUGUGCUUACUAUCCUCCGGGUAUGAGCUUUUACAUACUAACAGAAAGACUUUGCUUACAGCCAUACUGGACUUUUUAGAUGUCAAGAGGGCUUUAAGAUGAAGAGGUUAUCCAGCCAAAGGUCUGUUAAAAGGGUUUCAAUUGUAUAUUCUCGUUAAUUGAAGAAGUUCAGUGCCUAUGUAGAAAUUGUUGUAUGGGCCCUGCUGCUGUAUGUUACUGAAACUAACAGACUCAGUAGCUUCAUCUGCUUGACAUUGUACUGCCUUUUUGACUUGUUAAUUUCUUCGAGUAAAUAGUAGUUAAAGGAA